ACCAAUUCGGCUCCCGUGGCACCCAGCGAAGAGAAGACGCGUGCUGUGAGGAAAGAUGGUGCCAUCUGUGUGCAAUGUGUUGAGCCUCCUGGCGUCUGUCCUCGUGCUGCUGCCGUCUGCUGUGCUGGCGCAGUCUUCACCUUCAAGAGUUGCCCGGAUAUCGCCCGCAUCCAUCGUGAGACCUCGUGUCUGAUGUGCAUACUGAUUGAUGCUCAUGUGCGCUGUGUGUGGUUACUGAUGCAGCCCGUUGUUCCAGGAGCGCCAGACUCGCUGCCGUAUCUGUACGUCCUCGGCGUUGUGGAGCAGGGCAGGACCUCCUUGUCUGUGCAGGUCCGCCUUUCACAACAAACAGAUGGCACGACUCAUGGAUGGAAUGGAUGGAUCUGAACUAUCCAAUGCAGAACUUCGGUCCUGGCAGUGUUUCUCUGACGACCGUCGAUGAGAACAACGACAUUGUCUCAUCCGCUGCCAUACAACAUGACGACCUGCUCUCCAGAGAGAUGCUUUUCGGCGCGAGCAAUGAGCUGACAUUCAUCUUUGAGGCGGCGAAUGGCACAGAGGUCUUCCGCCAGACAGUCAGCAAUGACUACGACUUCACCAUCGACUUCCAGAGGUUGAACGUCUCCAUGAUGAAGAGCCGAGGCCCUCUCCCAAACAGCAACGCCAUGCUGGUGACUUUCGGCAACCCCCUGCCCUUCGACCUUGUGGCGACCAUGGAGCACCAGGGCGACCCAGUGGAUGGCUCUGGGACGGUGAUUCAGCCGAGCGCCUCCCUCACAUCGGGCUGGCUGCAGCAGACCUACCUGCAGCGGCUGAGUGAGGGGGAUGACUUCUAUGUGUCAAUGGUGCCAAAGGACGAGAGCGACGGAACGGGCGUUGUGAGCUUUAUGGCUAUCACGAAUUGGCGGCCCUUUGCAAGCGCACAGAGGGCCAGGAGAUUGAGAAGGGAGGGAAAGGCGGCCGUCGAGUGGGCCGUUGGAAUGGGCGCCUGAGCACACAGCCCUUCCUGUGUGUCUUUUUGCUUGUCGUCAUUCUUUUUCUGUCUGUGCCACGGGAAGUGAGACGAGAUCAGCGUGGUUUGUGCCUCUCUUUGUCUUGUUGCGUCAGUCCGUGAUGCGCUGCUGGGCUCGGUUUGUGUGUCUGUCGAUUGAUAGAUUGCAGUGUGUGUGCGACAUCCAUCGCAUCUGUGUCUGUGUCCGGAUGACUGCACCCAUGUCCCAAGUCAGCCGUUCGAUAAGUGUGUGUUUGGUUGGCGUUCUCUCUUGUCUGCUGUUUGUUUGUUUAAUGAGAUGGACGCGAUGGCUGUGGCUUUGUGGUUGAUAUGUCUUUUUACUCCCGUUGUCAGUUUUAUUCGUUUUAUCGGCACCUGUCCUCAGUUGGUGUGUAGAGAAAGGCCUUACUUCUGUGGCCAUCCGUGUGCAUGACGUGUCGGUCAAUAUGUAUGUGUGUGUGUGUGUGUCUGUGUGUGCGUCCCUGAAUGGGUAGGUGGGUGGGUGGGUGAGCGAUAGACGAACGCACGAACGAUGACACUGAGGCAUUCACUCGUUAAAUGACUGUG